AUGACUACGUCCCCGUGGACAACAAAGUCGGGUACGCGCUCGGGGCCGACCGUAUCGUAUGCUCAGCGCUUGCGCCAAGCUAACGCCGCGGCGGAUUUUACAGCCAACGAGAGAGAUCAAUCAAAGUCCAAGAAGAUAUCAGUGAAUGAGUCCUCUCCUGCAUCUGCCUCAUCCGAAGCAUUAUCGUCGUCGAGCACCAUCACGCAUUCGCCCAAAUCAGUGCCUCUCAAAGUAGCUGAACCGCCCUCAACUUCGCCAGGUUCCCCACCACAUUCAGCUCAGGGUGAAUCAGAAUCAGAGCUCUCCAAUGGAAAUGACAAUGUCUGGGAGCUUCGUAUGCGUCGACGUCAUCAACGGGACUUGUACCCCAGGCAUCAUUCUGACUCCUCUUCGACCCAGCAUACAAAUCCUACGUCAAAAAAAUGCUCGCAUUCUCAAACCUCGAAUGCCUCUUCUGUGCAAAAUGAUUCUGAACUAGCCCUUGAUGAUAUUGCUAAUGACGCAUGGCUCCAACGUAUCCACAUGCUCAACGGUGGUAAAAGUGCCCCGCUAUUUGUCAAGCAUUUGACUUCAACGCCUGACAAACCCAGUUUGUCUUCUUCUACUGGGGAUGUAUCCGAAUCACAUGAAUCAGAUAACGUUACAUCCCAUGCCAUGUCUUCCUCUGCCCCGGACACUACCAUGACGAACGGCUGGUCUCAGUCAUGGCUAUACCAAGCUGGUCCCCAACCUGUGUUCUUAAUGACUCCCUAUGGACUGCUUCCGUCUAAUGCAACGACUCCUGCCACCUAUGCUGAUGGUUCCUUCUCACCCCAUCGCUCCAUGGAUUCUUACCAACAUCAUAUGCGCCAUGAUGCUCCAUUUCCAAUGGGCUAUCCACGGAUGGUUCCAAUGCAGGAUAAGUUGGAGGGAAGUGUGUGGUCUCGACGUGGCCGCGCUGGUCGUGGCCGUGGAUCGUCCAGAGCUUCAGUCAUCACACAUGGAAUGCAAAAUGGCGCUGUAGCCAUGCAGCCUGCACAAAGACCUGAAGGGCCGGCAUCUUUGCCUGAUGGCUACCCUCAUCAAUUAGUUAAGACAAAACAAGACGAAUUCUAUGAUAAGAGUCAUGCUGAUUCUCAUCAACAUCACAUUAAUAACGAGUCGAAUACCGCAUCAUCUACGUCCUAUUCAGGUCACGCUCCAAAUGCUCAAAACGAGAAAGCAUUUCUUUCAAGCUAUGGACCCUAUGCGGCACCCUACAUGAACCAACCCGGUGCCCCUGCAGCUCCAUAUUCCAUGCCAGUGCUAACUUAUGUGGCGAUGGAUCCAAAUGCGUCGUCCCCAGUGCCAACGCCUGUCUUUCCCUAUUAUGUACCUGCAGCUACGCCUCCUACCGAUGCUUCUGUCCUUUCAGAGCAUCUUCGAGCACAAGUUGAAUUCUACUUUUCCGAUGCGAAUUUGGCGUCAGACUUCUUUCUUCGCCAGAAAAUGGAUGACCAGGGAUUUGUGGCAUUGGAAACAAUUCUUGGGUUCAAGCGUCUCCGCUCCAUGUUUAAAAAUGCUGUGUCGAAUGCAUCCACGGAUGAGCCUCAAAGUAUACCGGAGGAAGGUCAAAAAGAAACGCUGCGUUCUGCUUUAGCGCAAAGUCAGGUGCUUGAACUAAACCACGAUCACACGAAAGUUCGCCGGCAGAAUGGCUGGCAAUCAUACCUGCUGCCUCCAAAUUAA